AUGGUCAUUGUCACACUCCAGUCGAUGCAUUCACAGCAGACUGUCUGCAUCCAGGCUCACGUGCUCACAGCCGUAUCGACAAUCCUGCCAUCGUUCUCAAUGAGAACUCCGGAUUGGCCUCACAUUAGAAAAUUGAGGUUGGCGGACAAUGAUUUCUUGACACCACGACCAGUCGAUUUAAUCAUUGGAGCGGAUUUCUACGGAAGGAUCAUCAAGCCAAAUAUCAUCAAGGGCUCACCAACAACACCAAUUGCUCAACUUUCCAUUUUUGGAUGGCUCGUCAUUGGCCCAGUCACCGAAUCACAUUCAACCACUCAUUAUUCACAUUUUGCAGUUGCUCAAGACGACCAGAGCAAUCUGCAAGAGCUGCUCACCAAAUUCUGGGUUCAAGAGGAAUCACCAAUGGAUAUUCCAAGCACGCUCACUCCGGAGGAAGAAGAAUGCGAAUCACAUUUCUGUGCGACUCACACUCGUGAUCACACUGGAAGGUACAUCGUUCGCAUUCCACUCAAGGCACCAGCAUUGCUCUUAGGCAAUUCACACAAGACUGCUCAAAGAUGUCUACAAAGCACGUUACGACGACUCUCCAAGGAUUCAACAUACAACCAGCUCUAUGUCGAGUUCAUGAAAGAGUACGAAGAAUUGGGACACAUGGUAAAGGCUCCAGAUCACCAACGAAUUUCAUCAAGAGAGGCUGAGAACGUUGGGCCUGAUGGGGAGAUGACCUUGGCACAUGAUGCUUCGGCAUCAGGAGGGUUGAGGGUCUCUUCUGACGGUUCAACACCUCAGACCUCUGCUCAUCUUCAACCAUAUUAUUUGCCUCACCAUGGAGUUCUACGUCUCGACAGUUCAACAACGAAGCUCAGGGUUGUAUUCAACGGAUCAAAAGCUACGACAUCAGGCAAAUCAGUCAACGAUUUAAUGCAUACUGGUGCUAAUUUGCUCUUGAAUGUUACAGAUGUUCUAAUUUGGCUUCGCCAUUAUCACCACAUUUUUGCCACAGACAUCACAAAAUGUAUCGCCAGGUAG